AUGUCCGGUAUGUACGGCUCACCUGGAGGGUACGAAGGACCAAUGUUAGCGACAGCAACAGGGACUAUGUCCGGUAUGUACGGCUCACCUGGAGGGUACGAAGGACCAAUGUUAGCGACAGCAACAGGGACUAUGUCCGGUAUGUACGGCUCACCUGGAGGGUACGAAGGACCAAUGUUAGCGACAGCAACAGGGACUAUGUCCGGUAUGUACGGCUCACCUGGAGGGUACGAAGGACCAAUGUUAGCGACAGCAACAGGGACUAUGUCCGAUAUGUACGGCUCACCUGGAGGGUACGAAGGACCAAUGUUAGCGACAGCAACAGGGACUAUGUCCGGUAUGUACGGCUCACCUGGAGGGUACGAAGGACCAAUGUUAGCGACAGCAACAGGGACUAUGUCCGGUAUGUACGGCUCACCUGGAGGGUACGAAGGACCAAUGUUAGCGACAGCAACAGGGACUAUGUCCGGUAUGUACGGCUCACCUGGAGGGUACGAAGGACCAAUGUUAGCGACAGCAACAGGGACUAUGUCCGGUAUGUACGGCUCACCUGGAGGGUACGAAGGACCAAUGUUAGCGACAGCAACAGGGACUAUGUCCGGUAUGUACGGCUCACCUGGAGGGUACGAAGGACCAAUGUUAGCGACAGCAACAGGGACUAUGUCCGGUAUGUACGGCUCACCUGGAGGGUUCGAAGGACCAAUGUUAGCGACAGCAACAGGGACUAUGUCCGGUAUGUACGGCUCAUCUGGAGGGUACGAAAGGCCAAUGCUGGCGACAGCAACAGAGACAGCUCUGCUUAGUACGGGGCACUUGGCAAAUGUGGAAAAAAGACUGGUUCGGCGUAUAAACUAUAUUUACUUCUAUUUCGACCACGUGUACAAUGUUUAA